AUGGUCAAGCCAAUCACCGGCGUACGUGCAUAUCUUGCCAUUGCGUCUGACAGAUGCGCAACUGACACCCGAUACAGAUGCUCCGAAGGGGCCUCGUGCUCGACCUCUCCGUCGCUUUCGGUACGCAUUAUACCCCGAUGAACCUCCAAUGGCAGCAUAUGGCUCGGUCGUUAGCUCUCAUGGACAUGUGACUGACUGUUAUACCUAGGUCUCGGAACCGCAAGCGGAUACUUCUGGUGGUACGGUACGUAAAGAUCGCGAAACGCAAUAGGCGGGCACCCACGAUACCUCACGAUAGACUUCACCCAGCGACACGAAACAGCUACUAAUUAGAAAACGAAGGCUUUCACGUCCCAUCCGUUCGCCGCCGAGAUUUGUUCUACGCCAAGCUCGAGGACCAGAGGGCAGAUGCUUUUGGCCAGGUACCGAAGUAG